AAGAUGGAGCGGUGCCCAGCAACCAUGGGGUUACCCAGGAGCCACAUGUUUCAAAUGUGACACAGCGUCACCUGCUAAAACCUCCUCAGUCAUCAUCUUGUCCUGCACAGCACACAGGCUGGGCCACCAGUCACCCAAGCCUGGCCUGGCCUUGGCCGGGACAAAGGCCAGCCCCUCAGAGAUGGGGGUGGCCCAAGCCAUCCGCCGUCUUAGCAGUGGUGGCAGGACUGGAGAGCUGCAAGAAGAAGAGGCGGCAGCAACCCCCAUCAGCUGCCCAAAUGGAAAGCCCGUUCCUGCCCAGCCGCGCAGCCGUUUUGUGAAGAAGGAUGGUCACUGCAAUGUGCAGUUUAUUAAUAUGAGCGAGAAGGGCCAGCGGUACCUCAUUGACAUCUUCACCACUUGUGUGGACAUCCGUUGGCGAUGGAUGUUCGUCCUUUUCUGUCUCUCUUUCGUGCUUUCCUGGCUCCUCUUUGGCUUCACCUUCUGGCUCAUAGCUGCUCUACAUGGGGAUCUUGGUCUUGAGUUCCCACAGGCCUCCAAACCCUGCUUCUCUGAGGUCUCUAGUUUCAUGGCUGCCUUCCUCUUCUCUCUGGAGACCCAGACGUCCAUUGGGUAUGGCUUCCGCAGCGUGACAGAGGAGUGUCCAUCUGCCGUGGUGGCUGUCGUUAUGCAGUGCAUAGCAGGAUGCAUCCUUGACGCCUUCAUCGUUGGGGCCAUCAUGGCCAAGAUCGCCAAGCCUAAGAAGCGCAAUGGCACCUUGGUCUUUAGCGAGACUGCUGUGGUGGCCAUGCGUGAUGGCAAACUCUGCCUGAUGUGGCGUGUGGCCAACCUACGCAAGAGCCAUCUGGUGGAAGCCCAUGUCCGGGCACAGCUACUGCGGCCUCGAGUGACCCCUGAGGGGGAAUACAUUCCUCUGGACCACAUUGACGUCGACGUGGGUUUCGACAGUGGCACUGACCGCAUCUUCUUGGUGUCACCGGUGACCAUCAUCCAUGAGAUUGACGGUGACAGUCCCUUCUAUGAAUACGGCCCUUCUGAGAUGGCCAAGGGUGACUUUGAACUGGUGGUAAUUUUGGAAGGCAUGGUGGAGGCGACAGCAAUGACCACACAAUGCCGUAGCUCUUACAUACCAGGGGAGAUCUCCUGGGGGCACCGUUUUGAGCCUGUGCUCUUUGAACGGCGUGGUCACUAUGAGAUUGACUACCAGCACUUUCACCGCACAUACGAGGUGCCGGGAACCCCAACUUGCAGUGCUAAGGAGCUAAGUCAACGCAAAUACAGGGCGCCUCCUGCAGGGGUCACCACUGCCCGUGCCUCCUUUUGCUAUGAGAAUGAAGUGGCACUCAGAUGCUGCCGCGAAGAAGAGGAGGAGGAAGAGAAGCAGCAGGCAAGCAGGCGGGUGAGCCUGGAGUUCGAAACAGCCACAACCACAUGACACCACCAAUGUCCUUUGACUGAGGAGGGGUUGGGUCAAGUGGGAGGAAGCAGCUAAUGUAGCACUUGGCACAGGUGGGCAGCCGAGGUCACUGGCCAACGCUUAACACUUUCACACAUAAUUCACCCUCUCCCUCCAAAACUUGACAGGCCAAGUCUCAAUGGUCUGGAGCAAGCUAGAGUGUCUCACAGAUGGGAGGAAGAAGUCAUUCUUUAGCAUGUUGGCCAGAAUGGCAAGCUGGUAUGAACUGAGGUAUUCCCCAUGAUCCUUCAAGCA